AUGGCGGUGGCAUCAGAGGAUUCGUUACCAACGCUCAAGGUGUUGCUGGUCGGGUCUUCAAACGUCGGAAAGUCUGCCCUACUCACGAGAUACUGUCACGACAAGUUCGAGCCGGAAGAUGCAGCAGCAACGAUUGGGAUUGACUACAAGAGGAAAAGGCUAGCUGUCUAUGGAAAGGCAUACCAGCUCAAUCUGUUUGAUACUGCUGGCCAGGAAAGAUUUCGAACUUUGUCGACAAGCUACUACAGGGGGGCACAUGGUGUAAUAAUUGCCUAUGAUAUCUCGAACAGGAGGUCAUUCCUGGAGCUAGGGAGAUGGUUUGACGAGGUCAAGUCAAAUACCGUGGCUGAGAUUGCGCUGUUCCUGGUGGGCACGAAGCUCGACAUUGCUGCAACAAGUAGAGCGGUGUCAUACGAAGAGGGACUCGCACUGGCGCAGGCACAUGGAGCGCAGUUUUGCGAGGCCAGUUCCAAAACGCGCGAGAACGUACGAAAACCGUUUGUCGAUAUUGUCAACCAUAUCGUACAAGAACCGGUACUGCUGAAAAAGGUCAACACAUCCCGCAACAACUCGGGUACCAUCAAGGUCAACAGAGCGAACGGCGAAGAUGCCUCGUGGUUAUCCUGUGCAUGUUGA